AAAUCAGUAUGUAAAGAACAGCCUAACAAUCGGUAUGAAACGGGUCACACAGCAUUUGACCCAAUGAGGUAUCCCCAUGUUGUUUGGAUUCAAGUUUUGUUAAGUUACAACCCCAUGUAGCUGGGUUGGAGUCAGAAUUUGUCAUGGGAUUAAAGAGGGAAAAGCAGGGACAAGACAACCCAGGUGGGCAUUGUGGACCAUGGGCCUCUUUUUAAUUGCAUAUUUAUCAAAAUUUAUGCACGUGCAAUUAUAAUAAAAUUUGUAAACGGAUAUGUGAUUUUACAAUCAUCAACUUGGUCAAGCCAUGUUUAAAACAGAUGUGAUGUCACAUAUGAGUUAAAGUAGUCCCCGGGCAUUAACAAUGCAGGAUUUUAUUAAAUUAAUGAAAUGUCUUACAGUUUUUGAAACUAUGAGAUAUAUACCUUGAGCCUUUUCACACCAGCAUAUUGAAUGGAGCACUAACUGUAAAAUAAUGCUGUUGUGAAGAGGCUCAAGAUACAUAUCAUAUACUUUCAAAAACUGAAAGACAUUUCUUUUAUUGACAUUUUCUGUUGUAGUUAAUUUGAUACAUGCAUGUGUAACAGGAAGAGAGAAUGCAAUUGACCAGACUGGGAUUCGAACCUGGGCUUCUCGAAUCUCUAGUCAGGUGUUUUAUCAACUCAACUGGCUGCUAGUGAUCGAAUCCAUCUGACCGCCAGUCCUACCCCCUUUUAACAAUUAUUGUCUUCAUCCUUCAAGACACACAACCCAGUCCAGAUUCUUAUGACCCUGGCAGGAAUUUCACUUGCAAGUCCAGAGCUUUUCUGUGAAAUAAUCUGAAGCGCGACACCACAGGCAGCAAUAUGUCUACAUGCAAACUGUGUAAAGUUGACAAACUCUCCAAUGAGUUUCCACCCACCACAGUGUCAGAAGAUUGUGACCAUCCACCUCUAAUAUGCCUCAGGUGUGUUGUUGAUUGGUGCAAAAAGAAAUGGACUUGUCCCCACCCUGGUUGUUCCGUCCACAUAUCAAAGGAUGACCACACUAUCCAGUGGUUUACUGCCAUAUUAGAGGAAAUGUUCAAGGAAUACGACACAACUUACACGCCCUCUGUUCCUCAAGGUUCAGGAUCUGCCGUCCUAAAUAUCACCGUAUUGAAUGGAGAUGCUUUUAGGAUUCCAUACAUGCAAUUUAUGGGACUGUCGGACUUGCAGGCACACAUUGAAACUAAACUCAAAAUUCCCAGAAACAAACAGAAAUUGCUGUUUGAUAACAAAGAAAUUACGAUAUACAAGCCUAAUGGUCAGCCAUACACUCUAUCAGAGAGCAACAUCCCACCAUUUGCCACAUUAUACCUUGUUGUGUUGCUGUAUGAAAUUCCUGAGGACUUUAACCAUGUCGUGUUUGACCUUCACUGGGGUUAUCCUUCCUCUGGACGUGACUACUUGGAUGCGUCUUGUUUAGCGUAUCAAAAUACACAGUUUAUAGGUUUGGCAGACUUCAAUUCAUGUGGAAUGAAAGGAAUCACACACUCGGGGGACUUGAUGGACAAUAGGAGGAGAAUUGGUCAUCACACAAUCCAUGUGUACUUAAAAAAACUCCCAAGUAAUGUCACCCACCUAUUCUUCACUCUCAGUGCAUGGGACAGCCCCAACAUCUCAAAAUACCCCAAUCCAAGCCUGAAGUUUUAUGAAGCCAGCAAUGUCCAUAAAGAUCUAUGCAAGACGACCUUUACUCAUGCUAGAAAUUCAGAAGCUGUCAUCAUGUGCUCCGUGUCCAGAGGUAGCCAAGGAAGAUGGAGCGUCUAUGAAAGUGGAAAGCUUAGUGCAGGCAAUGCAAAUCAUUAUGGACCAAUCAAAAAGACCAUAAGGAAUUUAAUAGCAAGUGGUUAUUGAAGUCAUUAGUUUGUAUGUGUAUUAGCUAUGUACUAUAUUUAAUGUACAGUAAUGAGACAAAACGUGUACGUCAGUUUACAAAUAAAAAUUUACCUGUAUAUUUCAUUAAAAAAAUUCUCAUGAAGAUUUUACAAAUAAAAAUUUGUACUCGUAUAUUUCAUAAAAUAAAACCAAACUUCUCAUGAAGUCA